GGAGGGCCGGGCGCGAGAGCAGGGCUCGUGGUGCUAGCGCGCGCUGAGAGGUUCUGUGGGAGCGGCCGCCGGUGAUCCUAUGCAUUCCAAAAUGAAACAGAAACUGGCUGCAGAAAAAUCAUCAGGAUCUCUGCAGAAGUACCUCACAGAUACCACAUGUGUUGCUUCCCCAAGACAGACUCUUAAAAUGAUUCAGCCUUCAGCAGCAGGUAGCCUGGUUGGCAGAUACAAUGAGAAGAAAUCUUCAGUCAAAAGGAAACUCUGGAAUAAUAAGUUUGCCUCAAAGGCUUGUAAUGCUGAGCUGUCUGUGGACAAGGAGCAAGAAAAUGAGGACAAUGUCAUUCAAGCUGUAGAUCUCAUGAUGAAAGGAAGUCCUUCUUCUCAGUAUUGGAAAGAAGUGGCUGAAGAAAGGAGGAAGGCUCUGUAUGAAGUGCUUCAAGAAAAUGAAAAGUUGCACAAAGAAAUUGAACAGAAGGAUGGUGAAAUUGCCCGCCUAAAAGAAGAAAAUGAAGAGCUCAUGUCCCUUGCUGAACAUGUGCAUUACAUGACCAGUGUGAUUGAGAGGCUAACUGGGCAAGGACCUGAGAAUCUUGAGACACGGGAGAAUCUGACUCUGAGGGAAUUCGGACGAGAAAACGAAGAGCAUAACUGUGGAGAUGAGGAAGGGCUGUCACAAGUAUCAUCUGGCUUAGGGGAGAAUAGAUCAGAUCUUGCUUCAAAGGAAGCAAAGCACUUGCAACUGGAAUGACAACCUUUAAAUAGGCUUAUGUAUGUGGCUUUUAAUUGCAAACUUCCUCUUAAAAGGAUAUACUAAACGUUCUCAGGUAUAGAAACUCUUGUGGGAGUGUUACAGAUAUUGGUGUUUUUAAGUGGCAGUGGGAGUAUCUGGAUCCUGCAUGGAAAACUUACUACAGGCUGUCCAUAGUUGCUUGUAUGAAAUGCACAUACUGUGAAUUUCAGCUGUUGUGUAAAUACCUUAUAAGUUGAUCUGACAUAAUUCGUGAACAUUUAUAAAUAAAUCUUUGCCUUA